CAUGCGUGACUGUACAUUCGAAAUCUCCGCAAGCUUGAUUUAUAGCGGUGAUUUGUUCGUAUCUGAUAAUUUUAGUGCGUCUUAUUCUGUACUGGUUAUUCUGUAAUAGUUGUUGUAUUGUGUAUUCUAAAGGUGAGAUGUGUGCUGCAAAGACCGAAGCGCCCUGGUACAACCAGAGACCCGGACAGAUGAGGAGCAGUGCUCCACAAUCUGAGCAAGAUUGGGCUGAUGAAGGAACGGAAGAUAACGCUCUGAAACUUUUUUUAACAAAUAAUUCAAUAAGAUCAAGAAAGUCAAAUAAAACUGAGCAAAGAAAACGUUUAGUUGGGGUGAAUAAACGAUCGGGCUCCCACGAUCGUGUAUACGCCGGUCGAACAACUGUUGCCAUGCCAGUCAAGGAGCGAAUAGAAACGUUGGCGAAACCUAAACUUUCACGGUCAACACUUUCUUACGGGCCCUCUUUAUCAUGGGGCAACCAGCAAACCAUGUGGGAACUAACUAAAGGUGCAAAAAGUGCUGAACCCUCAGACCGCAUACUGAGUCUAGCUCAGUCUAAGAGGAACCUCUCCACACAGGAGGACUUGAAGCCUCAAUGGGAGUACAGUUGUGGGAGACAAAGUCCGAUCAUACAGGUGUCUGGAGCAGCUAGGAAAGCAGUCAACAGUGAGAGGAUAGAGCAGCUAGCACAACCCAAGAACAACCACUGUAAUUACACUGAAAACAGGCCUAUGUACGAGUUUAGUUGUGGACGAAGUUCCCCAGUCGAGGGCCCGGCAGAGACCGCUAAAACGGCAGCUGAACGAGAGAGGACCAACCAGCUAGCUCAACCUAAGAAGGUUCAUUCUGAACAUCAGGCUAGCAGGGAGGUUCAGUCGAUCUUAACACAAGCAGCAAUGAACACGAGACCAACAGAAAGAUUGGAUCAACUUGCCGAGGCCAAGAGACGUCCAGACGGUCCCUUCAGGGAACCCGAGUGGCCUGUGUGCAAGAAAGCGAUGAAAGCCCAGUCUACUGAGAGGACCAGAGAAUUGUCAAGAUCUAAAGGCCUGGUUGAAGGAUUCCAGGGAAACAGGCAUGUUAUGUGGAAUGUAAGCAAGUCCGCUAAGCAAGCUGUGGCUACUCGGAGAGUGGAGGAGCUUAGCGUCCCUAUACAGAGAGAGUCGAUGGAUCACGUCCAGUUUAACCCUGAUGUGUUCAAAGUGAGCGAGACAGCAAAGAAAGCAAAGUGCUCGGUUAGGACCGAGGAGCUGGCCCAGCCCAUCUCCAGAAAAUGAUAACUCCCUCGUCACUUCUAUGAGAACUGUCUUAAUUUAGUUAUCUGAACUUAAUUUAUUACAAUGAAUCAAAACGUGAAAAUUUACCAAGUUUCUUGUGUGAAUAGUUAGGGUUAGGACUUAGGUAGUAUUAAAAAAACGUCGAAUUACAUUUUACAAUAAUUGUCGUGCAAUAGUCUGCAGAUUCACUCUUUAGGUACCUGGAACCUACUAUAUGUAUAUAUUUUAGAUUGAAAUCCUGUAAAUACCAACCUGUUAAAUAAUUUUGUUAAAAGAUAAAUUCAAUCGAA